AUGGUGUCGUAUAAGAGGCUGACCCCAGAGGAGGUCAACUUCUCCGGCGUGCCUUUACUGCAGUCUCAUGAUGAUUCUCAGGACAGUGAGCUGAAGGUGGAAGAUGCAGAGCGCCCUCUGCUGGCCCGGAGGCCUCAGUGCUCCGUCACUUCUGCCCUGUUGACCCUAGGAGGCUUUAUCCUCGUAGUCCUCGGUGUCUGGUUACUAGGAACCGUGCUUUGGCUGCGUAGUACCGCUUCCAUAGGAAUCCACCGGCCUCCGUCACCCGGCAAAGACAACCGGACACGACCGGAAUCCUGCUCCGUUAUUCCAGAAUCCUGGAGGUUCGACUGCUAUCCGGAGAGAGGUGUUGUGGUGACUGAGGACAUGUGUCACUCCAGAAACUGUUGCUUUGCACGUGCAGCCAGUGAGCAGAGCGGUGUCCCGUGGUGCUAUUAUCCAACAGAUUUUCCAUCGUAUACGCUAGCGGCUAUUAACGACACCGAGACGGGAUCGAUCGGGAAACUGGUCCGUACUCAGAAGACGUAUUAUCCUAUGGAUAUUGAGGUGCUGAGGCUGGAUGUGCUGUACGAGUCGAACAGCAGACUGCGUGUAAAAAUAACAGAUCCCGCACAGCAGAGGUUCGAGGUUCCUAUAGAUGUUCCUGUGGUGGAAAAACGAGCUCCGAAUCCCUUGUACACAGUGGAGUUCUCCAAACAGCCGUUCGGGAUCAUCGUUAAGAGAACACAAACCGGAGCUGUGCUGCUGAACACGACUGUAGCUCCGCUCUUCUACGCGGAUCAGUUUCUGCAGAUGUCUACGUCCUUACCGUCGAAUUUCGUUUACGGGCUCGGUGAACAUCGCUCCAACCUGGUGCAUGAUGUGCAGUGGAGCACGUUCACCAUGUGGGCUCGGGAUGCAGCUCCGGAAGAGUUGAUCAACCUGUACGGUGUUCAUCCAUUUUAUCUUCUCAUGGAGACUGAUGGACUGGCACAUGGGUCUUUCCUGCUCAACAGCAAUGCUAUGGACGUCGUCCUGCAGCCUGCUCCGGCUCUCACCUGGCGCACGAUCGGCGGAAUCCUGGACUUCUACGUUUUCCUCGGCCCGGAUCCCAGCUCUGUGGUUUCUGAGUACCUGGAGGUCGUAGGAAGGCCUGCGAUGCCGGUGUACUGGGCACUGGGUUAUCAUCUCUGUCGCUGGGGUUACGACUCCAGUAAUAAAACCUGGGAGGUUGUGAGAGAAAUGAGGAAUUAUGGGAUGCCGCAGGAUGUGCAGUGGAAUGAUAUUGACUACAUGGACCGCGCUCUGGACUUCACCUUCGACCCGCUGAACUUCUCCACGCUGCCUGACCUGGUCAAGGAUCUUCACCUACACAGCCAGCGUUACGUCAUGAUCUUGGACCCGGGGAUCAGCAGCACUCAGCCCCCCGGUACGUACGGGCCGUUCGAGGAGGGGAUAAAGAACGGCGUGUUCAUCAACAGCUCCGGCGGAGGACCGCUGAUCGGGAAGGUGUGGCCGGGACUUACGGCAUUCCCGGACUUUUCCAACCCGGACACACACGAGUGGUGGUACCGGAACCUGCAGGAGUUCCACAACCGAGUCGCGUUUGACGGCCUGUGGAUCGAUAUGAACGAACCGUCGAAUUUCUUCGACGGAUCCGUAGACGGUUGUCCUGACGACCAACUAGAAAACCCUCCUUACACACCGUAUGUUCUGGGUGGCAGUCUGAGGGCCAAGACCGUGUGUGCGUCGGCACAGCAGAAAACCACCUCACACUACAACCUGCACAGCUUAUACGGACUUAUGGAAGCCAAAGCAACAGCAAGUGCUUUGAAGAGGAUCCUGGCGAAGCGUCCGUUUGUGAUUUCCCGCUCCACGUUCCCGAGUCAGGGGAAGUACUCCGGUCACUGGUUGGGAGAUAACAGGAGCCAGUGGAAGGACUUGUACAUGUCCAUUCCAGGCGUGCUGACGUUCAACCUUCUGGGCGUGCCGCUGGUGGGCGCGGACAUCUGCGGCUUUUCCCAGGACACCACGGAGGAGCUGUGCGUGCGCUGGACGCAGCUCGGAGCCUUUUACCCCUUCGCCAGAAACCACAACACGAAAGAUUCGGCGCCUCAGGAUCCAACGGCGUUCAGUCCGGCCGCUCGGACCGCGAUAAAGGACGCUCUCCUGCUCCGUUAUUCCCUCUUUCCUUUCCUUUACACGCUCUUCCACUACGCACACGUCCAGGGACACACCGUGGCGAGACCUCUGUUUUUCGAGUUCCCUACAGACGGAACCACGUACACCAUCGAUAAACAGUUCCUGCUGGGGAAGAGUGUGUUGGUGACGCCCGUUCUGGAGCCCGGGGUGGAUUUCGUGGUUGGCUACAUGCCUAAGGGGCUCUGGUACGAUUUUUACACAGGCACCUCAUUGGUCAGUAAAGGUGAAGAGGUGAAGCUUCAUGCUCCUCUGGACAAAAUCAACCUCCAUCUGAGAGAAGGAUCCAUCAUUCCUACACAGAGACCCAACACGACACUGUGGGUGAGCAGCGGUCAGCCCCUGCACUUGAUCGUGUGUCUGAGCGAGGACAGUCAGGCUGACGGAGAUCUCUUCUGGGAUGACGGAGAAUCUCCGGACACGUACGAGACGGACGAGUACGCCUACGUCGUGUUCAGCCUGAAACAGAACACGCUGACGUCACAGGUGGUACGCAGUCACGUGGAGGCCACGUACCUCACGGUGGAGACGGUUUCGUUUUACGGCGUGAAGACGGCGCCGAGCAGCGUCACCGUGAAUUCGCAAGAAGCGGCGUUCAACUACACGUCCAAUCAGGUCUCACGUCCUAACUGACUAACCCUGAUGGUGAGGA